UGUGCCUUGUGCAAAACGGUUCAAGCUCUUCAUUCAGCCCAGCGCUUUUGCUUUCAGUGUGUGUGUACAGCGUGUGUGUGAGUGUGAGUGUGUGUGGUUGUUGGCCAAAAGUUCCCGAGUAGAGAAAAAUCAAAUUAUCGGCCAUUAGCUUCAACACAAUAGCACCUUGUUUUAAUUUUUCGACAAACGUGACAAGUUUUUUUCCGAGAUUUAAGAAAACCCUCGUGAAAAAUCGUGAAAAUUCUCGCGCGCGCUCCUUUGUGUGUGUGAAAGGACGAGUGUGUUUGAGUGUCGCUUCUGUUGCCUUGGUUGCUUUCCACACUCACACAGCAUUUCAGCAUUCGAAACACACUUCUGUAGCAGACACACACAAAUCACACACACACACACAUCGUUGCCGUCGUCACCGACUCCCUCUGGUGGAAAAGUGAAAGUGACCCGGAAAUCGGACAACUCCGUGUAUAUAUAUAUCUAUAUAUUUUUCGCACAACUUGGCUGACAAAAAUCGAAAUGAUUUAAUAUUAAGGCAGCAAACGGAUUUCAAUAAAAUCCGUUGCAAAACAAUCAAAACUCUGUAUGUGUAAAGUAAAGAAAAUAUAAGAAGAGAUAUAUCUGAGGGAGUGGGACCAGAGACAGAAAUCAAAUUGCAACAGUAAACCCAAAUGCCCGAGGCAUUGAUUCUACCCGGCAUGGCUGACGCAGAGCCGGACCUCUCCACGUUCGAGAAUAAGACGGGCCUGGCGGAGGAUAUGAAGUUCCUGGCCUCCAUGCCCGAGCUCUGUGACGUAACCUUUCUGGUGGGCGAUACCCGUGAGCCCGUCUGCGCCGUCAAGGCUGUCCUGGCAUCCCGUUCCCGGGUCUUUGCCAAGAUGCUGUAUGCAGCCCCAUCGCCGCAAAGGAAAAGGGAGACCUCGACGAAGGAGAACAAGCUGCGCCUCUUCCUGAAACGCUCCUCGGAACCGCUGCUAAAUCUGCAGAAUGCCGCCCAACAGAGAACCGGUUUCACCCAACAAUUAGCUCCGAUACCCGAGCCCUCAGGUCAACAGCAUCAGACCUUAAUUAUUGAGGAGUUCGAGCCAGAUGUUUUUCGCCAGCUGAUCGAAUAUAUUCACACGGGCUGUGUGACCUUGCAACCGCGCACUCUUUUGGGUGUCAUGAAUGCCGCUGAUUAUUAUGGCCUCGAGGAACUGCGUCGCGCCUGUGCUGGAUUCGUGCAAUGUUGCAUCAAUGUGGACACUGUGUGCGCCUUGUUGGCCUCCGCCGAGCGUUACAUUCAGUACAAGUGCACCAAGACCUUGGUGCAGAAGGUUCUGGAGUUUGUGGACGAGCAUGGCAAUGAGGUUCUGAAUCUGGGCAGCUUCACUUUGCUGCCACAGCAUGUGGUACGCCUGAUCCUGGCCAGGGAAGAGCUACGGGCGGACGAGUUCACCAAGUUCCAGGCGGCGCUCAUGUGGAGCAAGAAAUACUACGACAACAAUCCGAACAUCGACAUCAAGGAGAUCCUGGGCACCUUCUGCGAGUACAUUCAGUUCCACAAGAUUCCUGCCAAUGUCUUGAUGCGAGAGAUACAUCCGCUUAAUCUCGUCCCCUACUCGAUCAUCAUGAACGCGCUGGCCUACCAGGCAGACCCAGAAAGCAUCGACCCCGGAAAGCUGUCUCCCAACUCUAGCCGACAUCACCAUCGUCAUCGUCAUCACCACCAGUCGCUGCCCAAGAUCCGCAAGGCCAAGUCCCAGUCUUUCCGCACCCGACGCAGUCCCUCGGAGCGUCGGAGUCCCAACAAUGCGCCGAAUCUUACGCUGAACACUGCCCUCACCUCGGGCAAUGGCGGCGGCGAUAAGAAACGCAGUCCUCUGACACCGAAGAGUCCUGUGCUGCCGGCACCGGAAUCCAAGAGUCCCGGCAGUGGGUCCCAGAAGACACCCACAUCGCUGUCGCGACAGGGUACACUGCGUGCCUCCAACCGGCGGAAGAACAGCGGCCAGCUUUCCAUUUCGCUGGGCAAUCAGGGCAGACGUAGUCCCGUCGGCCUCAACGAUCGCAGUCCACAGGGUCGCCGUAGUCCGCUCUUUCCCAGCAGCGGAUUGAGGUCACCGAAUGACCCGAGUCCCACUGCCAGAAGUCCCACGGGAGAAAUGCCACGUCGUAGCAGUCCCACCUUCAGUGUUCAUACCCAGGAACGAAGAUCUCCACUUGGAGCAGUCGCACCCACGGACUUUGGCUGCCAAUUUGGAGUGCCGGGAACACGCAGGAGUCCCACGUCCACAGUGCAUGUCCAGGACAUGGCCACAGAGCCAGAAGAGGCGGGUUUCGUGGGAAUGAAACGACCCUCCAUCAGUCUCUUUACGCCCAUCUACUUUGCCAGCGAGAAGCGCUCCCCGAUGGGUCCCAUUCCACCCAUCACUGUCUCCAAUCCCGCCGAGACGUACAAGAGCGCGGAAAGGGAACGCGAGGCGGCCGAGGCAGCCGCCCGGGAAAGGGAGAAGGAAAAGGAGAAAGAAGCGGCCGCCCAGCCGCAGGAGAAGAAGAGCGUGAUGCGCGAGAUCCUGGCCUUUGUGCGGAAGCCAUCGAAGCACAUAUCCACGCGAACGAAUCGCUUUGCGAAUGCCUUCACGCGAGCAGAGACGGGCUCAUCCGGUGGUCCUUUGAUCCGGCAGAGCACGUUCUCCGCCAGUCCAGCGGCAUCGUCGACGGCCGCCAAGAGUGCUGUCCAGAAGCAAAUGUCCGAGGUGGGCUUUGAGCCAAAGAUGUCCUUGAAAUUCGCCCACUACACCAAAAUGUCCCUGAAGCUACGCAGAUCGGCGAAGCGCCAGGAGGAGGAGGAGAAACAGAAGGAGGACAAGCAGAAGCAGGGCUCCUCGGCAUCGGGAUCCAAGAGGCCCAGUGCAGACCUGAGCCAGGGCCAUCCAGAGCAGCAGGUAGGUGGCAUGGAGGAGCAGCCCUUCGAGUUGGCCAACGUGCACUUCGAGAAGGUAGGUGAGUCCUAUAUCAAGCAUGAGAGGCUCCGCGAGCUAGAGGAACCGGAACUGGAGGCUGACAAGGAGGCCAAGAAGGAAGCGGAAGGCGAGGGCGAGCAGACCGAUGCAGCCAUGGCGCAGUUCGUGGAGGAGGUCACCAACUCCCUGAAGGUGGUGGCCCUCAACGGCGAGGGCGGUGCAGCCGUCGUUCAUCACUUUACGCGUCGCUCAGAGAGUAGAGAACCCAUCGAGCCCCGCAUUAGCGAGGAACGAGAGUCCGACUCCAACGAUCUGAUGAUACCCGAGGAGAUGCGCGCCGAGCUGGUAGAGAUCUUGAAGGCCUACGCCCCAGAACCAGUUUAUGUGAAUCUGCAGGCGCUGCGGCGGGAGACCGAAGAGGCGGACCUGGCCGCCGUCCAGGCCGAGUCCGAGUCGCUGGCCUUGACGGCGACCUUGCCCGAGAAGAAGCCGCUGCAGUGUCCUACCAUCGAGUUUGAACCGCCGUCGCGACGCUCCUCCUUCGAUCCGCCGCGUUCCCCGUUCCUUGAGCAGCUGCGCAGUCCCGGAGUGGACACCGAAACGGAUCUGAUUAACCUGCAGCGCUUGGACUCUGGGGGCGACAGCUUCGAGCUGGUCGAGAGCAAGUGGAGCAAGUCCAGCCGGGGUGAGUCAAGCUUCGACUGUCCGUACUCCUCCAGGGACACCAGUUUCGAUGUCUCGAUCUCGCGGUAUCAGUCCACCAGCUACGAGGAUCAGACCUCCAGCUUUGAGAUCGUGGACACCGACGAGAAGGGCCAGGGCCGCCGAGCCGUGGACCUGCGCAAGAGCUCCAUCGAGCUGGUGGACGCCGAGACCUUUCAGAGGUCCGGUUCCUCCUGCGGCGGACGCAAGUCCUCGCUGGAGACCCACUUUGACUAUACGCCCACCGAAGGCGGUGGUCGUUCGCCCAGCUUUCCCUUUCCGGCCAUGAGCAAGAAGCAGCGAACAGAGAACUUCCGCCAGCUGCACGUGUCCCCCUUCAGUGCCUUCUCCCGGGCACGCAGUCCGCUCUCCCAGCAGACCUCCUCGAACUACAGCUCCAGGGACAGCUAUGACUCCAGUGGCUCCUAUCCCCAUGGCUACGGUUAUCCCCCGGAGCCGCCACAGCGGAGUCCCUAUGGCGAUCCAAGUCGCAAGCACUUCCCUCUGACCGUCCGACAGAAGGGCCUGCAGGAGGAGGAGCGUGAGGUGCGAACCUUCCUCUGCACUGAUCAGAGAUGUGCCUCCAUCUUCGAGCCACGUCCCAGCUCUGUGCUCACCCAGCAGCUCUCCACGGGCUCCAUGUCCACUCCGUCGGGUUAUACGAACAAUGGAACAAUGCCUCGUGAACGAUUUCCAGGUUACGUAGCUGCCGGCACGGGCUCGGGAACGGGGGCGGGAGUGGGUGCUGUGGGGCCACUGCCCCAUCCGGGACCUCUCUCUUCCUGCGGCUUCUCGAGCGGCAGCGAAUUUGAGCCACCAUCGCCGAGACGGGCGGCCAGCGCCUCGCCGAAGCACACCUUCACCUUCCGCAUUGUGAUGAAGAAGGUGGACAGCUCCCCGGAGGCGCUGUGCCCGGAAAGGCAUCGGUCACGGAUCAUUGAUCGGUACAGGAGGCGUGACAGUCGCCGCAAGCGCAUCCAUGAUGCGGGCAAGAGCUUCUAGAGAGUAGGAAAUGAAGCUAAGUGGGUUACCAGCGAUGGGGAAAGUACCUAGAUAGAAAACUGAACUACUGACAGGUUUAACUUUAACUCUGAUUCUAGAUCUUUGAUUUCGCACUAACUGCCUUCUAUUAAAGACCCCCUCUAAAGGGUAUACAAAAAAAAUACUAUUAAAAAUCAGAAUUCAAAUCAAAAUAAAUCAAAAUUAAACCUCAUAUAUUUCAAGCUGUACAAAUGAUAAGAUAACUAAGUAACUAAUGGUAGUAAUAAAUGUACACCUCUCUAUUUGAUGUUGAAUAAAUAUUGAAAAGGGAUUA